UCCCCGGGGGCUCCCGCCGCCCGAAUGUAUUUUUAGGUCGCUGGCGCGGAGGGGUAGGUAAUCCCCGGGCUCAAGUUCCAGGGGGGCGGGUUCUGUCUGGAGGUGGAGUCACUUUUUCAUUUAAAUCCCUGGCUAUAAAAUGGGCUCAAGGAGACGCGGGAUCUCAGAUGAGCCGGCGGGACCCUGACGGGCCGGGAAGGAGGGGGGGCCGGGGGAGCCACCGGGCCGGGCCGCCAGCUCCAGCCACCCCCGCCGCCACCCCCGCGUCGACCCCCGCGUCGACCGCCGGUCCGGCGCCAUGCUCCACUCGCUCCGCGUUCACACCUCGGCGCUCCUCGCCCAGGCGGCCGCCUGCUUCCUCCUCUUCCCCCGAUUCCUGCUCACCGCACUGAUGCUCUGGCUCCUCGACUUCUUGUGCAUCCGGAAGAAAGUCCUGCACGGCCCCGGGGAGGCGGGGCCGGAGGCGGAGCAGGGCCCGCAGCGGGCCCGGGACGGCGAGGCCCCGGCCGCCGGGCCCGCCCCCCCGGAGCCGCCCCCCGACGACCCCCCGGUGCUGGUGUCCGACUCCAACCGCCUGUGCACCCUGGAGUCGCUGAAGGCCGUGUGGCACGGGCAGAAGCUGGACCACUUCAAGUCGGCGCGGGUCGGGGCCCCGGCCCCCAACCCCGUGGUGGUGGCGCCGGACGGGCCCACGCGGCGUCGCCUCCUGGACUUCGCCCGCGGGGCCCGGCCCCUGGUCCUCAACUUCGGCAGCUGCACCUGACCGCCGUUCAUGGUCCGGCUGCGCUCCUUCCAGCGGCUGGCCGCCCGCUUCCUGGACGUGGCCGACUGCCUGCUGGUCUACAUCGAGGAGGCGCACCCGUCCGACGGCUGGGUCAGCUCCGACGCCCCUUACGACAUCCCCAAGCACCGGUGCCUGCAGGACCGGCUCCGCGCCGCACGGCUGAUGCAGCGGGGGGCCCCCGGCUGCCGGCUGGCCGUCGACACCAUGGACAACGCGGCCAGCGCCGCCUACGGCGCCUACUUCGAGCGCCUCUACGUCGUGCAGGACGCCCGGGUCGUCUACCAGGGAGGCCGCGGGCCCGAGGGCUACAAGAUCUCCGAGCUGCGCCUCUGGCUCGAGCAGUACCGCCUCCGGCUGAGGGGACCCGGCCCCGCCACCGCCGCCGCCGCCGCCGUCCUCGACGUCUAAACCCCUCCCCUCCCCUCUCUCCCCCCACCCCCGACGGAUCGGGCCUUAGGGACAGUCAGUCCUCCAGCGUCAUAAUAAAAGAUCACCGUCCCAAUCAUAAGGGAAAGUGACAAUAAAAGAGGAGACAGAGGGACAAAAAAAAUUCAUACAUGGAGAAGGUCCUGUUUAAAAAAAAAAAAAAGCCCCUCCCCUCCAGAAAAAAAAAAAUCAUCAUCCUUAUGACUGGUAUUAUUACUUUAGUGGACGGCCGGGUCCGCCUCUUUCUCUCUUCUUUCCAUCUCUCGGCUCUCCAUCCUUCCCGCCCUGUCCCCGGUCCCCUCCCCAUCCCGGACUCUGCUCAGCGCAGGCGGCUGCGGUGUGAGGUUUUUUUUUGGGGGGGGGGGGGGGGAGGGAUUUUUGUGUACGUGCGUGUAAUUUCCCCCAGCGAGGAGUGCUAGUCCUUCCCCCCUCAACCCUCCGUGUCCGCAAAUCCACGCCGGUCCGCCAAACGAGCUCGGUUCUGAACUGCC